AACACAAUAGUAAAAAAGCCCAGAAAGUAUACAGGAUAAGAUGAUAUCAUCAUCCGAGCUGUGAAAGCAGUCGCAAGAGGAGCAAUGGCGUCGCAGUUGCAGGCAUCAUUGAGAUGGAGCUGCAGCAUCGGCACCGGCCCUUUUCCAAGCCCACAACACAAGCAUCAACAGCAGCAGCAGCAGCAGCAGCCCAUCAGCAGGGUUUUAGCUCAGAAGAAAGCCAAGAAAACCCGCAAGAUAAUUCUGAAAGAGGACAUGUCUGAGCUUGGGAAGAAAGGGGAACUCCUCGAAGUGAAAGCUGGAUUCUUUCGCAAUUACCUUCUCCCUUUGGGAAAGGCCCAAAUUGUUACUCCUCUCCUGCUCAAAGAAAUGCAGAUGGAAGAGGAGCGAAUUGAGGCUGAGAAGAAGCGGGUAAAAGAAGAGGCACAACAACUUGCUCGAAUUUUCCAAACGGUAGGGGCUUUCAAGGUGAAACGGAAAGGUGGGAAAGGAAAACAAAUAUUUGGAAGUGUUACUGCCCAAGAUCUUGUUGACAUAAUUAAGGCACAACUACAGAGGGAUAUCGACAAGAGAAUUGUCUCUGUUCCAGAAAUCCGUGAAACUGGAGAGUAUACUGCGGAGCUUAAGCUGCAUCCCGAAGUCACAGCUCAAGUAAAACUUAAUGUGUUUGCAAAUUAACUUGGUCUCUCCAUUUGAAGAGCAUUCGCCAUCCGCUGAGGCCUUCAUAAAAGCUGCACGGGCAUAGCUUUGAUCCUUUCUGUGCUUAUAUGUCUCUACUCAGUUCUCAAAUGUUUUCUUUUCCUUUUUCUUUUCUUUUAACUGUGUACUUCUAUGAGUGAUCUUUAAAAUCAAUUCUCAAUUUUUCUUUAUGUACGCUUUGUUUUGAGAAUGAAAAUUGUCAAAUUGUCAUAUAUUAACUUACCUUUUGAGUCGACA